AGAGACGAGGGUUACACGUUCACAGAACUUUCGACCUUGUUUAGUUGACCUAGUGUGUGCUGACCAAUUGUUUUAAUCACACGUCUAAACAACUUAAUACACACACAAACGAAAAUUCUAAAGAAAUCGAUCAUUCAUCCAAGGCUAGCAUCUGGAUAACAAAAAUAACAGAUGCUAUUUAGGUUCAGGUAAUUAUCUCGAAGGCCUAUCUCAAAUAUUAUAUGUAAUCAUUUCGGGCGGAUUCCAGAUCAUUUUGCUUCGGAUCAGUCUUGCCAUCAAAAUCUUUGUUCAGCUUGCUGAGGUAGACAACAACAUGACGUGGCAAGUAGCAAUCGCUCUCCUGCUGGUGGGAGUUGGUGUCGUCUCUGCAAAUCUCGGUGACCAAAACUUUCCUGGGUGUUGGCCGAAAUGGACCAGCGAUCGUCCCCGACCCGCCUGUGACUGCAGUAAAGCAUCAGGUGCAGACGCUUGGGUUUAUGGGGAAGGUGGCUUCCUGACGUGCUGGGGUAACUCAAAUGCACCAGGAAUGGUGUACAGAUUUAACCCAGAGUUACAGACACAUGCUGAAGCAUCAAAGGGCUGCAACAAUUGGGAUGAAGCAGUGUGUGAGGGCGAAUACUUGGGUGGAGCAGACCAAGGGCUAUGGAGAACUGGUUUGCUGAACAUCCAAUUUGAAAACGAACUGGAAGGGGGUGUCAUACCAGCCCUCGACAAAGCCUGCAUCGCUCCGAGAACAAACGGGUUCGUGUGGUUCUGGGUCAGCGGGAUCGACUACGGCAAAGUGUCCUACGUUGAUGGGUCAAGUACCAAACAAAGCGGCGAAUGCUUGGCUAUCAGAGUCGGUAACGAUGGUAGAGUCUACGGCCGGUAUUUUAGUUGCAGUCAGAAGCUACCGUCCUUCAUUAGGAUCACACCAGUACAACGUCACUAGAGGAACCAAUCUGAAAAUGAAAGGCGAUUGCCUUGACCAACCGUAGAUCCUUUCUCAAUUCGAAGUAAAGUGUUGUGCGAAUGAAUCCUCUAGGUUUUAGUUAGCACAGGGUCUCCCAAAGAGCAUUAUAUAAGAUUAAAGUAUACAUUCACCAUGUCGACCUCUGUUGUUGUUGUUGUCGUUCAUCAUGUUUAGGCCAAACUAAUCAAAGAAACACUGAUAAAUAGACAUAACUAGUUCAUCAAGAAAAUUACGGGUAAAUAUUGGCCUGUUCGUAACUCUGAAUAAAAAUUGAUUUGACCAUUGCUAUUUUGGACAGCCUGAUUUUCCUGUGGCAUCUAAUUCUAUGGUGUAAUAAAUCAUUUAAUUAGAGAUUGAGAUUUAAUUUAUUUCAGAUAUGAACAUUGCAUUUCCCGAAAGCAAUAUUGCCAUACUCAAUAUUAUUUUAAUUAACACUAAAUGGUGAGGAUUUGUGCAAUAAGCAUUGAAGCGGUGACGUCAAAUGUUUCUUUGUAUUUUUUUUAUUUCAGCAUUUUAGGAACCAUUUCUUGAUUGAGCAUGCAUGAUAAAUAACACCCGUCACCGAAAUUUGACUGGAAUCGGUUCAUAGAGCCCAAGAUGUCAUAUAAUUUGUACUAAGCUCCAAUGAAAUUAGUGAAAAUUGGUCCGUUUUUAACUUUGGCUUGACUGCUUACAGUUAUUAACCAGGCAAAACUGCACCGAGUUCGAUGAUGGCAGGCCUGGAUGAUGGUGCUUAAGUAAUUUUAUUAAGCAUUUAGUUGGACAUUGAUCAGGUCAAUGUGAAGCAACUUCUGAUUUCAAAUGUGAUUUUUUUUUAGGCUUGUCAGCAUGCGCUGCCUACAAUGGGGUCAUGAAAAUGCUGAAAUACAAAAACACCCACAAACCACACACCAAUCCCCUCGAAGCAAACAAAAUGACGACGUCACAAUAUUUUUUGUCUAUAAAUAAAGGGCUGUUGAAAACAUGACAAAAAAAUAUUUCGCCCCGUGUUUAAAAUAGUACACGACAAAACGAGUUUGACCGCCAUUCAUACCUAUUCUCAUAGUAGAAAUGAAGAUCUUUAAUGUUAUUUUUUCUUGUUGUAUUUUGAAUUUAUAAUAACUAUAAACAAUCAGAUUCCACGGUUCAUGUAUUUUACUGUUAUGAACAGUCAACGAGAGAAGUAAUAAAACGGUUGGACACAUAUAA